CGGAUAGUAAUUCGUGGUUCCCGAUAGUACCGAAAUCUAUAGCUUUAUAAAUCGGUUGCUGAAGAGAUUAUUAAGUUUGAACCUUUUCCCGUAGUUUAGCGACAACUUCCAGGAAGUGAAGAGCUUUUUUGUUUCAACCACCCUCUCGGGCCUUUUAGAAGUUGAGCCGUGUAGAUGACCUUGAGGCCUGACCAUGGCGUCCCACCCUCAGACGUGCCCUGAUUUAGGUUCGAGACACAGGCAGUCGGUGAAGGCUCAGCUGUUGGCGUCUCAGCAGCUCCUGGUGGCGUCUCUGUAUAACUUGGCGCCUCUGUUAGACUGCAUCCUGGCUGCAGGUCUGCUGUCUCAGGAUAACUACCACGAGGUGAAGGCGGAAAAGACGCCACAGAAGAGCGCUCGCAAGCUGCUGGAGAUUGUUCAGGGUCAGAUGGACGAGAACGGAGCUGUGCGCUUCCUGGAGUGUCUGCGGGAAUGUAAGCAGCAUUACCCACGUCUGCGCAGCUGGCUGGCUGUUGAAACAGAGAUCCAGCGUGGACCCACAGAGCUGAAACUGCAGGCUCAGUUCUCUUGCCUGUGCAGCCGCCUGGGCUUCUCCGUGCUGCCUGUGUCUCUGGCUCUGUUCUCCAGCGGCACCCUCACACAGUUCGAUCUGGAGCAGAUCCAGGCGGCGCCGACCUCCACGCAGCAGAGCCAGACCCUGCUGACCAUCUGCCUUGCUAAAGGAGAGACGGCAUGCAAGAGCUUUUAUACGGCGCUGUACGACGAAGACCCUCAGCUCGCCGAAGACAUAAACGUCAGUAGUUCGUUAAAGGAUCUGUCACUGAACAGCAAAGACGUCAGCAACAUCGGCUUGGCAGUAGAGGAGUCGCGAGACACAGCAGCAGGACACCUGCCUUACUCAGGAGUGCUACAGCAGGUGAGAGCUCAGCUAGAUGUGGCUGUGGGAGAUGAGGCCAGGCUGAACGUGUGCGAGCUGGGGGUUGCAGUGGGCCUGCCACGUCGCACAGUCAAAGAGUGUCUUCUAGACGGGGUGAGCUUAGACGACGUGGCCCAGCUGGAGGCGCUGGUGGCUCUGUUCGUGGAAAAGACUCAGGAUGCAGACCGGCUCCUCAGCAGAGUGGCUGAAGUUGAGAUUCGAAGCGUGCAGCUCUCUGAGCGAGGCUGUUUGUCUCUGAAGCUCCUGCAGGACGCUUACGCCCUCAUCCGCAGUGGGAGCCACAGUCACUGCCACAGCUGGGAUUAUCUGCGUGAUCACAAUGACCUGCACGGCCCAGACUGUGGUGAGGAUUGCACGUUGUGGACCAUCUUCAGCUUCCUGGUGUGGGACUGCCUGGCCGAGGCGGUGGAGGAACCCAAGAUGAAGCCCAGCGGCGGCCUGGCUGCGAUGCUUCAGCAGCUGCACGACUGCACUCGAGUGGACACGUCUCUCCUGCAGGAGCUGGAGCAGUGCUGGACUGAAGGAGGAACUGAGAACCUGCUCCAGAGCAUCAGGGUUCUGGCGCAAAUCCUGAGAGACCUGCACCCGCUACACGCCGGUCUCCAUCUGUCGAGUCCUGUGGAGGGUUUGUACUCCUGCUGGACCCAGCUUCACAGGGUCACAUCUUUUCAAGGCGUGUCAGUCCGAGCCAUUCGGAAAGUUCUGAACGGCGUUGCGGCUGCCUCGACGCAGCAGGACGCGACUCCUCGAGCUCAAGAGUACAGAGAGGUGUGUGUUUAUGUCGCAAGACUGUUAGAUACGGUGCAAACAGAAAGGAACAUGAGAGAUUUCACAAACUCCUCCAUUGCUCAAAUCACCCAGCACAUCCGUCUUGUUCUCGCCGGACCUGCUUUUAACUCACAGGCCUUCGAUGCAGGAGUUUGGAACCGCUUGAUGGCUCUGACAGAGUUUAAUCCUGCGCAGCUGGGCCUGGGCCCUCUCAUGCAGCUGCAUCAGGAGACCCUGUCUGACCUUAAGCGCUACCUCCAGCCAAGCGAGUGCCACAGUUUCCACUUCGUCCUGGAGUCCUUUUACAUGCUCGGGUUGUCGCGGCUGAUCUCGGUGAACAGCACCAGGGGGCCAGUGGCCAUCGACGAUGGCGUGGAGGAGGACUUUUAUUUCAAAAUAUCCGAGCCGGCUUGCUUCCUGGUGCGCCUGCACUACCUGGGUUACACGGAAAGCAAAGGGCACUUUGAAGUUCGCAAACCUCGUUGCGUGCGCGUUUCCCGGCUCAGUGAGGAAGGAUUACGGGUGAUGCAUAGCUUAAGCGGGGAGGUUUUAGCGCAGGAGGAUGAUAAAAUGUGGAUUAGAGAAAGUGGGAUUGGAUGGUGGGAGGAGCUGCAGCGUACAGCGCAGAGAUGUACCGUUCAGCUCCUGGAACAAGGCUGCUGUUUUGCGAUCACAACCUCAGAGUCCGAGUGCGAAGUUAAGUUUAUCUAUAGACGCGGGCGGCUGUGGGCCAUGCCACAGAGAGGAUGCAAGGUGCUUUGAAGCAGUCCCACGCCCUGACCACAAGGAGCAUAUAAUAUUUCAAACUACUUUCACAUAUGCAUUGUUUAGUCUGUUUAAAUGACACUCUAUUGUGUUGUCUCAGUACAUUUCUUUAGGUAGGUUCGAAAACAACAAUCGACCGGUCCGAGAUCGUCUGAGCAAGGUGGACUCAGUUCACUUUAAAGCGAACAAUUCGACUCUGAGUCGACUCACCUGCACUGCAGGAAGUGAAUCAAACAUACCGUGUAUUUGGUUUUUUUUUGUAGCUGCGAGUUGAGGCACAAACUGAGCCAAUGCAGAGAUGCUCAAGUACCAUGUGUUCUGGAUAUUUGGAGUGAUGGAAACAAAAAAUAAAUUAUUGAGCAGCGGCUCAAUAACGUGUUCUCCAUGCUCAUGGGAUUUUUGUUAUUUCUUUGUGCACUUGGUAACGGUUUGUUUACAUUUUAACGUCAUCAUAAUCAAUGAAAGCGGUUUAUGAGGACGUUUUCAGGUGUACACACCUUCAGCCAAUUUUAUUGAAUUUUUUUUGCUUUUUGGUUUGUUUCAUUACGUGUAAUAGGUUAGUCUCUCUCACCUAUUAUUCUUUCUAUACCUCCAAUAUCCACAUCAUUUGAAAUAUACCUUCUGGUAGGAUCUGGCUAGAGCAUUGGCAGCACUUGGCCCAAAUGUACUCAGAAUGUUCCUUAGACCCUCCCCAAUCAGUGUGCCAAAUUUCACAACUUUUUAACCAGAUGGUUCUAUGGGCUGCCAUAGACAGAAGAACAAGAAGAAAAGACAGAAAAACAAUAAGGUGCCUAUGUACCUUCAGUGCUUGGCCCCCUAACAACAAUAACAAUAAUAAUAAUAAUAAUAAUAAUAAUAACAACCACCACCACUCAUGCAGUGCUAACCCAAUUAUCGCUCCAUAUCAUGUUACAGUUUUGAAUUUCUACGAAUUACAUGCUACUAUUAAAGGGAAAAGUGUUCUGAUCACUGUUACAGCCAUACAAUCAAAUGUUUGUCUAAAAUUUAUUGACAUGUGCAAAAUUAAAAUCUAAAACAGCCAAGGAGACAAGAAUUAACAAAUGCAGGUAGUGUAACUGUAGCGUCGCGGCAGUCCUCCAGUCAGUCGAGCUAUGAGAAGUGAGCAGAAAGUGCGAACCAGCCUUCUCCUUUCAGUUUAUCCACCUGCACAAAGCACAAACACUAUGAUAGACGACAUGUUUUAUCUUGGAUCUCGGCUUAACUUAUCUUUUAGUAACGAUUUUUUUUAAUGCAAGUGUGAAUGCAAAAAACCCACAAUAAGAUAAAAAGAGGUCAAUGUUUUGCAAUCUGGUUUAAUUGGAAACAGCGUUGAAAUUCUGCAGCUGCGAACUUUGUUGUAUAAAAGUGUUUAAGUGGAUUUUUCUAAAAAGUCUUUUUCUGCAUCAAGGUGAUUUAAAACGGCCAACAAAAUUAUGGAUUUCGGUGCGAGGUUAUCGGCACAGAACACCAUAACAGGGUUGAGAAUGUGCGUGUUUGUGUUGUAGUUGUGUGUGAAAUGUGUGUACCUGUGUAUCAGCAGACUGCUUUUGUCUUCCCUCUACAUUUUGUGGAGAAACCGUGUCGGCUGACCUGCAGUAAAUAAAUAAAUAAAUAAACAAACAAACAAACAAACAAACAAACAAACAGGUUUGAAACCCUGAGCAGCUGCAGAGAAGCAUGCUGCUGAGCUUUAUAGCUUAUAGAACCACAUGCAGAGUGUGUUAAUGUGCAUGUGACCCACCUUCUGCUGUUUGUCCUGGCGUGAGAGGGCUGGGCCCUUUCAGGUACGGACGCGCACGCUUCAGGAGUCCGCCUUCCGACGACUGCAGAAAGAAUGGUUUCUCAUAUUUAUUUUCAGUUAUGAGCAAACGUACUGUACUGUACAUCAAAACCAUACAUUUGUUUUCAAUCACUUGUAUUACUGACCCCCAGGGAGUUUCCGUACUGUUUUAAUUUAGUUACGGUUGAGGAAAAUCACAACCAACUAUUAUCAAAGUUAUUAUAUUUAUUAUUAAAAUUAUAUCUACUUGUA